UUGCCCCCAUGUCUUUUUCAUCGGUCUCUCUCCUCUCUCACCUUUGUCCUCCACUGAAGUCAUCCUCCACCGCAGCCCUCCUAAGUCCUAACAGACGUUGAGUCCUCACUCUCUCUUCCAUGCCCUAGCUCAAUUGCCGGUGAUUUCAGUUCCGAUUUCAAAAGCUUAGUGUGAUUUCAGUUCCGAUUUUAUCAGCUUAGAGCGACCUCAGUUAUAUCAGUUCUGACUUCAACAUAUUGGAGUGAAGACGUUUGAAAAACGAUCAAAACAACACACAAAUCAAUCCAACGUUCUGUUAGGUAAGUCUACUAGUCGUUCAUCGUUUUCGGAAUUGCUGGACAAACUUUUGUCAGCCAUUUUCCUACCAAAUCAAGCCAACGUUCCUUCAGGUAAGAAUCCAAUUGAUUUUUAUGGGUAUUCACUUGUUCUUCAUUUAGAUUGGUUCGAUCCAAUUGGGACAUGAACUAGGUUAUCUAAGCAUGAAGCACAUCAUUUGGGUUCGAUUCAAUACGAAGGCAAUGUUUUUGUUAGGUUCGGUUUCAGGAAAGUAUUAUAAUAUUCAGUGGAAUAUAUAGAAUAAAGGGGUGUUUGGGAGUGCUUUUCAAAUUUCAAAAUGUUUUUCAAAAAGUCAAUAAAUUAAAAAAAUGUUCGGUAAACACCAGUUUUUAAGUAUUUUUCAAAAAACCAAUAAAUUGUUUGAAUUCAGUGGUCUUCCCCUUUAAUAUUGUGUUAGAUAUGUAUAAAAUUAAGAAACAAAAUCUAUUUGGUUUUGCAGCGUUUGAUAAAGUCAUCAAAAGAAGAAAUGAAAGGCAGUCAGGAUAGAAUUAGCGAUCUUCCUCAAGACACAAUUGAAAAAAUUCUGACUCAUAUGCCAAUCCAAGAUGCAUUGAAGACAAGCAUUUUGUCAACGAAAUGGAGACAUUGCUGGAAGGGAAUGCCUAAACUUGUAUUUGAUGACAAGUACUUGAAUACCUCAUCAAGUAGCAAAGAAAUUAAGAAAUAUAAGUUUGUCAAUGCCAUCUUCCAUGUUUUGAUGCUACACAAUGGUCCAGUAUUAGAAUUCAGUAUCUCUAUUAAUAUCGAUACAGAAAUUGAUGAUGAGAUUUACCAAAUAAUACUCCAUCUUUCAAAGAGCAAAAAUAUCAAGAAAUUCAUCUCUAAGUUCUGGUCAAAUGACGUCAUGAAGUUAUUAUUUUUUAAGCGCUACAAGCUACCCUCUGUGUUCUUUUCAUUACACGGACUAGAACACCUACAUCUCACACAUUGUGUCAUUGAGCUUCCAUUAACAUUUAAUGGAUUUAUUACCUUAAAGAGUCUCAAGUUAUGCAAUGUCAACAUCACUUUGAAGACGCUUCAACAAUUACUUACCAAUUGCCCAAUACUUGAGGAAUUUAUACUGAUUGGAUCUCAAAACAACUCUAUUGCACUAGGAAACAAGUGUACAUUUCUUGAGCUAUCCAAAUGUUUACCUUCGGUUCAUGUUUUGAAAAUCUCAAAGUAUUAUAUCAAGUUUGCUAAAGGCAGUAUGCAGAAACUCCCUACUUUACUAGUCCACUUGAGGAUACUUUUUCUUGAUUUGUGUUUUCUGAAACAAGAUGAGCUUUCGAAUGCUCUCAGUGUGAUCAGAAGCUCCCCAAAUUUGGAGAAGAUAAAAAUAGAGCUGUGUUGGAUCCAUAUGCUGUGUGGUCAAGAAACUUGCAAGGGCUUGCUUGAUCUUCAAGACUACUAUUUGGGAAUGAAGUUGGAUCGCCUUGAAGAACUUGAGAUAACAAGUUUCCAUAAUCAUGCUUUAGAGAUGGAGUUUGUGAAACUCAUCAUGGCUAAAUCACCUAUGCUUAAGAAAGCACGGAUAAAGCUUAAUUCAGAUGUUUCUGUGGAUCAAGAAAAUAAGAUUCUUCGAGAUUUGUUUCGAUUAACAUUUCCACGUGCAUCACUCGGAGUGGAUAUCAUUGUUGAACGCUAAACAAUUAUAUAUGUGGAUGCAAUUGGGCAUUUAGUUUUCUUUAUUAAGUUUAAGGAUUGUUGAAGCACAAUGCCUUUAUUGUCUAUUUGAACUCGUUUAAAUGUCUUUUGUGGAUCGAUUGUUAAUAUUAUGAUAACUGUUGCUUUCUA